AUGCAGGCCAAAUACAGCAGCUCGAGAGACAUGCUGGAUGAGGAUGGGGAUACCACCAUGAGCCUGUAUUCUCAAGCCUCAACUAUCACCCGGCAGCUAGAGCCCAGGCAAGCAGAGCAAAGGACUACCACUUCAGCUUGGCGCCCAGUGGCCCUCACACUACUGACUUUGUGCUUGGUGCUGCUCCUAGGCCUGGCAGCCCUGGGCUUUGUGUUUUUUCAGUUCUAUCAGCUAUCCAGUACUCAGCAAGACAGCAUUUCUGAAAAGGAAGAAAGGUUGGCGAAUCUCUCUCAACAUCUGCAGUCUGUCCAAGCCCAGAAUAGGAAGCUUGCAGAAACCCUGCAGCAUGUGGCUGAAAAACUCUGUCGUGAGCUUUAUAACAAAAGUGGAGGACACAAGUGCAACCCAUGCCCAGAAAAAUGGAGGUGGCAUGGGGACCAAUGCUACCAAUUCUAUAAAGAGAGUAAAAGUUGGCAGGGCUGUGAAUAUUUCUGCACUGGUGAGAAUGCCACCAUGCUGAAGAUAAACACACAAGAAGUGCUGGAGUUUGCCAUGCCUCAAAGCUACUCUGAGUUUUUCUACUCUUAUUGGAUAGGGCUCUCCCGCAACAGCAGUGGCAAAGCCUGGCUGUGGAUGGAUGGAGCACCUUACUCCUUUGAACUGUUUGAGAUCAUAAUAGAUGUUAGCAGCCUAAGAAGUAGGGACUGUGUGACCAUCCUCAAUGGAAAGGCUUUCUCAAAGGACUGUAGAGAGCUGAGACGAUGUGCAUGUCAGAGGAUGGCAGCAAGAGUGGAGCCCGAAAAUCUUCACUAGCCCACUUGAACCAGCAGAUGAAGGGGACUGACCGUUCUGCUUCAGCUACCAACAAAAGAACUGAGCCAAGGGAGGCCAAUGCAAGGCAUAUUUGAGA